CCCGGCCGUCAGCUGUUGCUGGCUGGGCCCUGCGCGCCGGGAGCCGAUUGGCCGCCGCGCGGCACCGCCCGGCCCCGAUAUAAGGCGGCGCGGGCGGGGAAAGAGCUGUCGCGCCUGCGGUGGUGUCGGUGGGUGAGGGGCAGCGGAUCGCCCCAGGCCGUCCCGGCCAGGAGCUGGUGGUCCCGUCCUCGUGUAACUCCGGGAAGCCAGGAGCAAGAGGGACUCGCUCGGGAUGCAGAGCGUCGGGGGACUGAUGUGAUCCGUCGCCACAGGGGAGGCCUGCCAGAUGAAAUCCAAAAGCAGUGUGACCUUCGCUUUUCUAGUAAGGUGAUCGUGAAGUCGAGUGUGGACCCCUGGCCGGGCCUCUGACCCACUGCCCCAGGAGUCUGAAGAUGCAGCAAGCCUUGUAGUGAGGACAAAAUUUCCUUAAAGAAGUCAGACAACCUGAAAUACUGACCAUGUCUAUGGAUCAUAGCCCCACCACUGGAGUGGUGACUGUUAUUGUUAUUUUGAUUGCUAUAGCGGCUCUUGGUGCCUUGAUACUGGGCUGCUGGUGUUACCUGCGUCUGCAGAGGAUCAGCCAGUCUGAAGAUGAGGAAAGCAUUGUGGGUGAAGGAGAAACCAAAGAGCCCUUUCUUCUGGUGCAGUACUCUGCUAAAGGACCUUGUGUAGAGAGGAAAGCUAAGCUAACUCCAAAUGGCACAGAAGUACAUAGCUAACCUGGAGCAACAGAUGUAUAUGGACUAUGCUUAUGAUAUGUGUAACCAACAGAAGAAUCUCUAUACUGUGAAGAACCUGGUCACAGGCAUGCUACUCAUCAGAAAACACCUUGAUGAGGAUUAAAUAAGCUGCAACUGCAUGCACUGAGAAGUUGCACUUUGGAUCAACUGUGUAUCCUAAUUCCUCUAUGACAGGAGCUGACUCACCUGGCAUAAUGUCCAUUGCUGGCAGUGGACACAGGGAUAUACUGGUGUGAAGAGACUACUAACAUUUUUUGUUACUUGAAUGUUUAGCUGAGCCUAUUUUGAUGGAGCUACUACUGUAAUGUGAACUACUUUACAACUGUGAACUGUAAAUAGGCUGCCAGAAGCUUUUUGCUUUGUGUUCCACAGCAUAUGGGAAUAAUAUGAUGCAACUGUGUAUAACCCAUAAGAGGACUUCUGAAUCGCAACUGUAGAUGAGGUUCCAGACCUUCAAAACCAAAUCUGCAGUUAAAGCUUGCUUUGGCUACUAACUUGAGUGUACAGCCAUCAAGUCAGACCUCCUACUCUUAACAGUUUAUUGGACUGAUGCAGAAUACUUCUGAAAAGAAGGUAUAAGCCUUCAGUAUUGCUGAGGGAGGAAACAAAGGAGCUACAAGAAAGGAAGUGAUUUCCUUUAGUUGCAGCUAUGUGGAUUAAGCUUUUGGCUGCUAAAACGGUUCUCUAUGUAGCUACUGCAAGGAAACUGCCGUUUUGAUGGAUUCCAACCUGGGAACUAAUGAUGGAUACUGAACCCUCAAGGAUGGUCCAGAAGGUUUCCAGGACUUUGAAGUGGCAGUAGAGCAGGCUGUUCUCUUCUGUAGGUCUGCAUGCUGAAACUGCAGAAGUGGUUACUUAUUAAAACUGAUUAAGUGCAACUAGUAUGAUUAUUUUUUUUCCUAGAACCCCCUGUUUGGGUAUUUAAGAGUUAGGGUAUAUGUUAACAGCCUGUUGUAAAAAGGCAUUUUAGUCUACAGACAAACCGUAAACUAUAGAAUUCAGUUAAUGUAUCUUAUAGAUAAUGCUCUUGAUUUAACUGUUACUACUACAAGAUAAGUUUCAGUCUUUCCUACAAAAACACAUGUUGAUAGGGGCAAGGGAGAUUGCUGGUCAGUUUGUAGUUCUUGGCUAGCAAUGGUGAAAGCCUUCCAAAUGAGGACAUACCUUCCAUUUCC